GGCUCGCGAUCAGACACAUUGAACAUUCACCCCUUUCUUUUGUCUUCUGUACGGUUAUAGCGGCACAUGUUCUGAACUUCCUAAGCAGUUUGGGAAGGAAGAUCUGCAAAUUUAAGAAAGAUAAUUGAAACUAGACAAGAAGGAAAGGAAAUCGGAAAUCGGAGAGAUUCCCUGAACUUCUCUCUCUCUAGUGCCGCACACUGUUGUGUUCCAUUCUACAGCGCCAUUGUAUGCCUUAAAAGUUAAAACUGAAACAGCUGAUCUGAUACAUUCCUCUUUCCCACAGCAAUUUGAAGAUUUCAGGUGGAUUUUCUUUCAAGCUUGUUCGCUGGAUCACUUUUUUGAAUUUCCAUAAGAAGAAGGCUGACUCUGUUUAGGAUCGUUAGAAAUCACCACAUUUGAAAACAUUUGCGAGUCAAAUUGGAUGAUUUUUUCGGCAAUUUGACUUAUUGCGGGGAUACUUCCGCGUAGUUUAGAUAAACGGGUAGAUGCCAAUAGUUGGAUCAUGAAGCCAUCGAAUAUUAAUAGGGCUACUUCAGUUCCAGCUCAAGGAUCUUCCCCAAUGAACUAUCCAAAGACACUGUUAUCAAUUGUGUCUUCUGUUGGAGGCCUUGCCAUGUUCUUACUGCUUGCUUCCUCAUUUCUUGCUUCUCGACCUAAUGAGCCUUCUGUUCGUAAGCAUUUCUAUAGAGUGGAUAGUUCAAAAGAGUCUAUUUUAGUGCCUGGGAAAGAUGGGAUAGAUACAGACACCAAGCACAGUAGCCCUGAUGUGGGGCCUGCAAGCGGUUUGAACAUAAAAAACUCAGGUUCAUCAGAAUCACAAGACAAAGAAUCUGGUGUUCAAUCUGUGAAUAGUAGUGUGAUACAAGGAAACAUAGACUCAUAUAAUUCUAGUUCAGAGGAAGGGAAAAAGGAUGAGAUUCUUCCAUCAUCUAACCUCAAUUUGGAUUCAGGGACAUCUUCAUCACCUGCUAUUAGAGUCGAGCGGCAGGCCAGUUCAGAAUGUGAUCUAUACCAUGGGAAAUGGAUCUUUGAUUCAACUGGACCAUUGUACACAAACAACUCGUGCCCCGUCAUAACACAGAUGCAGAAUUGCCAGGGAAAUGGAAGGCCAGAUAAAGAUUAUGAGAACUGGCGUUGGAAACCUGAUCAAUGCGACCUUCCUCGGUUCAGUCCUAAAGAAUUUUUGGAAUUAAUGAGAGGGAAGACUUUAGCUUUCAUUGGUGAUUCGGUUGCCCGCAAUCAGAUGGAGUCAUUACUGUGCAUACUUUGGCAGUUUGAAGCUCCAAAGAACCGCGGGAACAAAAGAAUGCAACGCUAUUAUUUCAGAUCAACAUCCACCAUGAUAGUCCGGAUCUGGUCAUCGUGGCUGGUCAACCAGACAUCUGAGCCGUUUGAUUUUGCUCCAGCGGGUGUGGCGAAACUCCACCUCGACGUUCCAGAUGAUGUCUUCAUGGAAUUUGUUCCCCAAUUUGAUGUGGUCGUCCUUUCCUCUGGACACUGGUUUGCAAAGCAAUCAGUUUACAUCCUGAACAACGAGAUCGUCGGCGGACAGCUCUGGUGGCCAGACAAAUCAAAACCAAUGAAAGUCAACAAUAUCGACGCUUUCGGAAUAUCUGUAGAGACAAUUCUAACUGCCAUGGUCAAACACUCAAAGUUCAGUGGUCUAACCAUCGUCCGGUCCUUCUCACCUGAUCAUUAUGAGGGCGGGACAUGGAACACUGGAGGAUCAUGUACCGGAAAGGUUGCUCCGGCAGUUGACAGCGAGUUGGCUGAAAAUGGGUUUACUAAUGUGAUGCAUGAGAAACAGUUGGCCGGGUUUUCACGUGCCGUUAGAAAGAGAACUAACAAGUCAGCGUUGAAAUUCAUGGAUAUUACGAAAGUGUUUGGGUAUCGUCAUGAUGGACAUCCUGGGCCAUAUCGAAGCCCAGACCCAAAUAAAAUCACAAAAAGAGGGCCCGAUGGCCGCCCUCCACCGCAGGAUUGUUUGCACUGGUGCAUGCCUGGCCCGGUUGACACGUGGAAUGAGAUGGUGUUUGAACUCAUAAGGAGAGAAUUUAAAGAAAGACAGGGUAGUACAUGAUAAAAUCACAUUGAAUGGGUUUUGUAGGAUACAACCAUUGUCCAACUACAGAUAUGUUUGUUUUUCACACUUGGUCAUGAAAUAAGAUCAUAUCAUUCUUUAGUUGUAAAUUUGUGCAUAGCCAUAAAUCAUAAGGAUUUGUUUAAGAGAACUGGAUUUCGGAAAAAACUACUCCUGUUGUCAAACAUAAACUAUAUGCGGUCCACGCGGAGUACCAUAUUACUCUAACCAUCUCCUAUUCUCCUGUUUUAAUGUACUGUUAUUGAGUCUAUGUAUUUUGUCAAUUGAUC